AUGAACAUUUCAGGGUGUUGGGGUUACGCCCCGCGUACCCUUGUGUUACGCCCCGCGUACAUCAGCGACCAGAUUAUGGCUCGAAGGACGCAAAGGACCAACCCACCCGAGGAUGUGACCGAUCAUCGUUUUUUACAAUUUCCGCAAACACUGAACGAUGCUACCCGGGCGCGUUAUGUAACCAACUUGAGCUUGCUUCUCACAAAGGAGAUUGAUAUUGCACCCUCAUUCGACUGGGAGUUGGCUACCAGGACUGGACUUGCUGCAUUGAUCCAGGAAUUUUCGCAAUACACACACUCGGACGCGAGUGGUGUGGAAUUGUUUGUGUGUCAGGGAUGGGCGCAUUUGUUCAGGAUCCAGGAGCCUGUAUAUCGGGAGUUUUUGCUGGAGUUCUAUGCUACAGUUUCCUAUGAUCCUAGGAAGGCACUCGAUGACAGGAUGGCCUUUGCUUUCAGACUGGGAGGAGUGAGCCGGGAAUGCAACGUGAUAGAGCUUGCUACUCGGGUGGGUAUUUACACAGCCGAUGAGACGAGGAGUAUCCACUUCCCGACAUUUCUUGCUGACUGUCUCACGGAUCGGCCAGAAGACUAUAACGAUAACACUUUUUGGGCCGAGAUUACAGGAGGAAUUUAUACACCAUCUAUCGCUCGAGGGGGGAUGAUUCGGUCUACUACAUACCGAAUAUUGCACCGGUUGAUUUCUAUGUCUCUCACGCAUCACAAGAAUAGUGAGAGAGUGCCUUCGACGGACCUGUAUUUCCUAUGGGCACUACUAUUCGUUGUCGAUAAAGCACAAAAGAAAAGACUGAAGCGGAAACCGGACUUCAAAGCUUAA